CUGGGCUCCUAGGUGGGCCCUGCCCCGAUCGAAGGUGGUCCUCGUGUGCCGGUCUCAGUCCGUGUGCCGAUUGAAAAGGGCUUUCGGUGCGAUCGACCGGUGCGAGCGCAAUGGCAGUGUCCUGCCCGGAAGUUAUGUACGGUGCAUACUAUCCUUAUUUGUACGGCCGUGCCGGACCCAGUCGCCCGUUUUAUCAGUAUGAAAGGUUCAAUCAGGAUCUCUACUCAUCGUCCGGCGUGCCGCUGGCCGCGUCGUCCAGCACCUCGGCCGGAUCGCACUCCCCAUGCAGUCCCCUGCUGCCGCCCUCGCUGCCGUCCAACAUGGCGGGAGGUCAGUCCACUUCCACGCUCACCUCCUCCGUGCUGAACGCGUCGGCCCUCAACGCCUCGGCCCUCAACGCCUCGGCCCUGAACUCCUCGGUGCUCAACUCCUCCGUGCUCAACUCCUCGUCAACGAUCGGCUCCGUCAACCACCCCGCAAUACCGACCAUCCCGCUCGGGGCGCUCCAGAGGCACCUUACCAAAGAGGAAGACAUCAGCACGGUCCGGAGCGACACGGAAGGAACCAUUUCCGGUGUGCACAACGACAGCUCCUGCUCGUCCGGGCCCGACUCCCCGCAUAACCUCAACCUACGGUCGGAUGGUGGCGGGCUGGCGGCGGUGGCGGCCGCUGCGGCCGCCGUCAGCGGGGGCAUCGGUGGUGCAUCAUCCAGUGGCGGAAGCGGCGUCGGUGGCGGCGGCGGUGGAGGCGCCAGCAGCAGCAGUAGCGGUAUGGCGAUGGCCGGCGGAAGCGGAACCGGCCGGGCUCAGUACCUGUCGGCGACGUGCGUCGUGUUCACGAACUACUCCGGCGAUGCGGCCAGCUCCGUGGACGAGCACUUCUCUAGGGCGUUAAAUUUUAGCGAUAAAAACAAUAAAGGAUACAGCAGUUCGAUGACGAGUAGAAACUUUCCGCCCUCGUUCUGGAAUAGCAAUUACGUGCAUCCGACACCCGCCCCCACCCAUCACCACCAGCAGGUUUCCGACCUGUACUCCACCGAUACGGGCUACUCGGCGGAUCCGUGGCACGCGGCCCACUACGGCUCGUACGCACACGCAGCCCACGCGCAUGCCGCCCACGCCCACGCCUACCAUCACAACAUGGCGCAGUACGGAAGCUUACUGAGGUUACCGCAGCAGUACGGCCACACGUCGAGUCACCAUAGGUUACACCACGACCAGCAGACGGCGCACGCGUUAGAAAGUGCCGCCGCUUACACGAGCUAUCCAACGAUGGCAGGCCUAGAGGCGCAGGUGCAGGAGUCGUCCAAGGAUCUGUACUGGUUCUAGAUAGUUAAGAAUGCAGCUUUUGAAAUGCGGCAAUGGUGACCAUAGACCGCGCAC